GAGCGAAUGAUGGCAAUGCUGAUGAAAUCUGUGUAUUUUCUUGUUCACGUGGCGGUCUCAGCGGCGAAGGUGGUGCGACUGGAGGCAGAGAUCGAGGGUCUGACAAAUGUGAUCAAUGAACAGCACCGAUACAUCCAGGCGCUCCACAACCGCCAGGCCCAGCAGCUCGAGCGCAUCCCCAACUCCCAUCUGGGCACCCGAAACCUCUACAGAGACUGCACCGAGGUGUUUGCGGAUGCAAACGUGGCCAGCGGCUUGUAUGCGAUUCGGCCCGAUGGCUUCCCCACGGCGCUCAGUGUCUACUGUGACAUGAACAAUGGAGGAGGGUGGACAGUUUUUCAGAGGAGGAGGGACGGCAAAGAAAACUUUGAUAGAGCGUGGGUGGAGUACAAGCAUGGGUUUGGGGACCUGCAUUCUCCAGAUGGAGAAUUCUGGAUGGGAAAUGAUGCUCUACACCAUCUCUCCUCACAAGGAAAGUAUGACCUGCGGAUUAAUAUGGAAGACUUUGAGGGUAAAGAAAGCUUUGCAGAGUACAAAAACUUUAAAGUGGACAGUGAAAAGGACCUGUACCAGUUGCAUUUGGGGGAGUACAACGGGAAUGCAGGGGAUGCCCUGGCUGACCCGCACACCACCAAACGGCCAGCUCCAGGCAGCAGUUCGGCCGGGGUCAAAUUCAGCACCUACGAUAAGCGGCCUGGUGGAGAUGGCAAGUGUAUCAGGCACAGCAAGUCGGGCUGGUGGUUCAGCAGGUGUGAUGCAGGGAACCUUAACGGUCAUUACUACAAAGGCCCGUACCAAGCGAUGACUGAUGAUGGGAUGGUGUGGUACACGUGGCACGGGUGGUGGUACUCCAUCAAAUCAGUGGUCAUGAUGGUACGAGCUGCUGACCUUGAGCGCCCACAGGCCAUGGUGCCGGGAAAACUGGACCCCAAGAAAGCGGUGGGUUAUAUAUCUGGUCACCCACUAGGCCAAUAG